AUGAGGCCAAUUAACCUGAGCAAUUUCACAAAUAAGAUUUUGUCUAAAAUAGUUGCCUCUAGAUUAAAUUCUUAUUUGCCUAGUCUUAUUUCUGAAAAUCAAACUAUAUUUAUUAGUGGUAGAUUGAUUACUAAAAAUGUUACUCUUACUCGGGAAAUUGUUCAUAACAUGAGCAGGAAUAAGAAAAAAGAAAAUCUGGUCAUUAAACUUGAUAUGGAGAAGGUCUAUGAUAGAGUCUCUUGGGUCUUUCUGUAUGUUGUUUUAAAGAAAAUGGGUUUUAAUGACAUCUUCAUUGAUAUCAUCAGGAGGCUAAUGGAGGAUAAUUGGAAAUACACUGGAUUCACCAUGGCAAUGAAGGGGCCACAGAUAAACCAUCUUGCAUAUGCAGAUAAUGUGGUCGUUUUCACUUCUUGA